CAACAACAGUCAACUUUGCCGUUCGAUCCGAAUCGGACCAAAGAAUUGGGUAGGAGGAGGACAGUCACCGACCUACCAAUUGGUGAUAAUUUGAACUGAGCACCUCUAAUUGGAAGCUACGUUCUGUUUCCGCUGACGGGGCAGCAGCGUGUGGAUUUCCGGACCAGCGGAAGCUGUUGUAUAUCACUGACCGAAAGUUGGACUGGGAUUAGUUGAACCCUCGCUUGCGAUGGAAUACGUUUUCGAUAUAUUUUUCGAGGAGUCCUUCCUGACGAUGGAGCGCAGCGGGUUGAAAAGUCGCAGCGGCCGGAGGGACGUGAUUGACCACCUCAAUUCGGUCAUUUCCGGUUGUAUUGAGGGUCGACCGACGGCCAAUGCCCAGUUGGCGGUCGGUUUGGCGGUGAAAUCUGCUAUCGAUUACCACCGGAAGAUGAAGGACGACAAUUUUAGGGUUUGCAUGAUGGGGAAGUAUCACAACGUGCUGUAUAUUGCGCUGCGGAUCGCAUGGGACUGGAGCUUGGAGGACUCUGAGGUGAUUCGGUUGUUGUUGGAGGAAAUUUACGCGUGUGAAAAUACGUUCGAGAGGUUGUUUUUGGGAGCGUUGUUCGGAACGAAUGCACCCCAUUUCAUUGCCGGCUGGAAGAGUGACUUUAAGGAUCAGGAUGAAAAUUUGAGGGCGAUGGUAUUUUUUCUGCAUCACGCUGGUCGAGCGAGACUAAACUUCCCAAGCUAUUCGUACAUCUAUCGGGAUUUGAUGCCAACGAAAUUUAUUGAUAUUCCUAUCGAAUCCUGUGGUAAGGCUGCCCCUCUCCGCGUAGCCAUACAGGCUUCAGCUCCAGACAUCUUGAUGAUUUUGUUGCGCCACGGUGCCAACCCCAACCCGGACGACGGAGGAUCGUCCCCAAUUCUAAGCCUCCUGGAUAAACUACGCGAGUACGAAAACCGAUCCUACCCCUACCAGCUGGUGUCCUGCCUCAAACUGCUUCUCCGUUGCACCAUCAUGAUAGAACUGCCCUACAAACCGCACCUCUUCCACGUCCGCAAGGAAAUGUUCCAAAUCAAGUACAAUCUACUCCUGGCAGACAAUCUCAUCCCACUGGAUCAACUGUACGGAGUACCCAGUCUGAAAUCCAUUUGCCGGUGCCACGUUCGGGACCAACUUAGGGCAAACUUCCAGCUACCGCGCGGUAUCAACCGGCUCAAUGUGCCACGAAAAAUUAUGAAAUAUAUCGAUUUGCUCGAUUGAUCGUUAGUUGGAUCAUCGGAUACUCA